GGUCAAGCACACAGCGAGUUAAUGCGGUGGCAGGCAGACACUAAGCUACAAAAGUGCAACAAGAUUUGUAAAGAUUUCGGAGGAAUACAUUGAUAGGUCAGCGAUGCCCCGACAUGUGAUCCGGGUCCAGCCGCAAAGUAGGUGCCUCCAGGGGACAGAGCAGUGGAGCACGGGUCUGUGUGCGUGUCAUGAAGAGAUGGGAGACUGCUGCUUUGCACUCUGCUGCCUCCCUGUGUUCACCUGUAAGGUGAGCAGCAAGGCGGGCGCGUGCCCACUGCUACCCCUGCUGGACUGUAUCGGCUGCGUGCCCCCGGCCUCCCUCGCCAUCAGGGCCUCUGUGAGGGAACGAUACGGCAUACAGGGCAGCGUGUGGAGCGACUGCCUGUACGGAUGCUGCUGCUACUCACUAUCUUGGAUGCAGAUCUCCAGAGAGCUGAAAAGAAGGGCUGCAGCUCACACCUCCUCUUCAUCCUCCUCCUCCUCGUCCUUGUCCUCUUCUGCAGCCAAAUACAUUAGACUCCCUCCCCUGCAGGGGUCGCACUUGGUCUGAACCACUCGGACUCACUGUGCUCAUCAGCUUUCAUGUCAUCAUAUUAUUUUAAAAACACAGGGAUGAUGUUGUGUGCAGAGGUAUGUGAAGAGUUUUUGCCAAGAAAUGCCAAAAUUAACAUAUAUAGCUAUUUGUUAGUCUCUUAUAUUUGAAUACAAAUAAAAACAGCUUGCAGUGUCAACCCCAAAAAUAUAAGGGCACCACCACUGGGUAACAGUUGUUAGCAGUAGUGAUUUAUAAAAACAGAUUGAAUAAAUGCAUGUCUAGAUUUGUCACAAUUCGAAGUUAGAAAAAAUUUUAAAAAAUUAAUUUCGACCCUAAUAAGAGGAUUGGUGUUCACUGCUUUCACUCACCGCUGUAUGGUGUUCAUGUAAAUGUCCGUGGCACGUGCACAUAUACAUAUACAACAGCACAUAUACGACAGCAGCCUCAAAGAAGCACCCAAUAAUUUGUAAUCGUUGUGUGGUUAUGAUAAGCUAUUAGGGGUGUAACUAUUUGUUUUACUAACAAUUCGAUUCGUAUCACGUUUCGUGGUUGCCGAUACCAUUCAGGGCCGAUAUUGGUUCAUUUAGAAUGAUACGAUCCUACCUACUUUUUAUCUUGUUCUGAAGCUCCGAUACAUGAGUUUGAAAAGGACUUGGACUUAACUUUCCUGUAUACCCAAUAUCAUAUGAAAAAAUUGCAUUUUUAGGCUGGCUGCAGUUACACUACUCUUUGAUGUCCAGUCGCGGGCCGCAAGAUACGAUUUGGUGGGCCGCAAAUGGCCAGAGGGCCGCGAGUUUGAGACCCCUGGUCUAGAGCAAAGUGCACAAAACGCCUUUACUUUGCAUAUUGUCCCCAUAAAUGUCACUUAAAAGGAGUUUCAAAUAAGGCCAGAUGAGUUGAAUAUGAAUACUGAAUAAAGUGAAUGAACUGACCAAAAGAAGAAGAAAUGAAUCAGCUGUAUUUCACAGGUCAACUACAACUCCCAUGACCACCACAUACCCGGAAGACAAUGACAUCACUGGAGGAUCAAACUUGCAAACUAUAAUAAUAGUAUAUAAUGUUAUAUAAUAAUGUAUUUUUUUUCUUGAAUAUUUCAACACUAUGCUACUAAAAUUACAUUAUUUUUCCUCAUAAUAUUAUGAGUUUAAAAAUAAAACGUAAAAUUAUGCCUUUUUCUCUUAGGUUACAACUUUUUUCUCUUAGUAUAUUGACUUUGACUUUUACAAAAAUACUGCAGUUUGCUGUUGUUGUUUUUUUGUUUUUUUUCUUGUUCAAUUACAUUUUUAGAAUGUGCUGCUGGCCAAAAACAGCCAAAUGCCGAAAAUGGCCCCGCACUUUGGACAUCCCUGCUUUAAACUACAGUCAUGGAAAAAAAUGAUUAGACCACCCUUGUUUCUUCAGUUUCUUGUUCAUUUUAAUGCCUGAUACAACUAAAGGUACCUUUGU